AUGGUGCCCGUCAGAAAGGAGAAGGUGAGAGAUGAGAUGGCGAAGCUGAGAGAUAGGUGGUGCGGUGCCGGCAGAGGAUCGCCGGGGAAAAGGCCUUCGGCGGCGAGCAGGGAGCUCCGAGCGCAGUUCUCUACAGAGGCAAUAAUGGCGAAAAACCGGGCCAGCGUGCCCAAGUUCGGCACCUGGGACACCGACAAUGUGGGGUACACCGUCUACUUCGAAAAGGUUCGCGAGAACAAGGGCGCCACCGCGCCGCCGCUCCAGCGCCCCUACAACCCCAACGACCCCGAGGAGGACGCGCCGCCGCGGCUGAUCACCCCGGCUGCCUCCAACCGCGCGGGGCUGCAGCAGCAGCACCGCCGGGGGGGACGUCAGAGGCCGGUGGCGGUGCCCAGGUUCGGGGUGUGGGACGAGCAGAGCGCGGCGGCGCAGGGGUUCACGGUGCAGUUCGAGAGGGUGAAGCGGGACCGGGAGGUGGCCCGCGGCGCGCCACCGGGCGUCCCGCGCCGCCGCAUGCCGUCGCCGGAGACCUACGCGAACGCCAGGCGCUCCCAGACCCGGCACACCCCCUUCUACUCAAAGAUGUUCGGGUGCUUCCUGCCUCAAACCAGAGACUGA